CAGCUAUAAAAGCGCAGUUUUGCUAAAUCAAUUGUCUAUUUAAACUUGUACAUUGAAUAGUAGAAGAUGUCGGGAUCUCUGCCAGCCACUUUCGUCAAGGGUUUCCACGAUGAGGAGAAGGUGCGUCGAAUGGAGUACCGCCAACUGGGAUCCACGGGUCUGCGAGUCUCCAAAAUUGCGCUUGGCGGUGCCACCCUCUCCAAGCUUUUCUCCAACGACUUUGAUCGUGAAGAGGGAAUUCGUAUGGUGCACGAGGCGAUUAAGUCCGGUAUCAACUAUAUAGACACCGCUCCCUUCUACGGCAAUUCGGAGGAGCUUCUCGGCCAGGCGCUAAAGGAUGUGCCUCGCGAGGCCUACUAUAUAGCCACCAAAGUGGCGCGCUACGAGAUGGAUCCCGCGAAGAUGUUUAACUAUACGGCAGAGAAAGCCCGGGAAAGUGUGAAGCGUAGUUUGAACCUACUGGGAUUGGACCGGGUGGAUAUACUGCAGGUUCACGAUGUGGACGCCGCACCCAGUCUGGACAUGGUGCUCAAUGAGACCAUUCCUGUCCUGGAGGAGUAUGUUAAGGCAGGGAAGGCCAGGUUCAUCGGAAUCACCGCCUACGAUGUGGACGUUCUGAAGGAGUGUGCCGAGCGGGCGAAGGGUCGCGUCCACACGGUGCUCAACUACUCCAGGUACACUCUCCUGGACAACACACUGCUGCGCCACAUGAAGACCUUCCAAGAGCUGGGUGUUGGAAUAAUCUGCGCAGCCGCCCACGCACUGGGACUCCUGACCAAUGCAGGACCACAAUCCUGGCAUCCUGGCAGUCCGGAACUUCUGGCCGUUGGCAAACGGGCAGCCGAGAUCUGCCAGCAGAGGAACGUGGAGCUGGGCAAGCUGGCCAUGUACUACACCAUGCAGCUCGAUGGUGCGGCCACCUUCCUCAUCGGCAUCCCGAACCGAGAGCUGCUGCGGAUCAACUUGGAUGCAGUCAUCGAUGGCUUGACUCCCCACGAGCAGGAAGUGCUGCAAUACCUGCGCGAAAAUGUUUUUACCAAAUCCUACAGCUGGGGCUCCACUUUGUCCACAGUUAACAUGUUUAAGUGAACGGUCAACCAAAUGGGAAAACGAACUUGAGAUUUGAACAAGAAAGGAAUACAUCGGAAAACAGGAAGAAUGGAUUUUAAAUGCAUUCAAUAAACUAUUGUAAAACCAAAAUUAUCUCAAAAUUAAAAGAAAGUCAAUAAAUAAAUAAAUAAUUUUACAGAAAA